AUGAAGUUGAAGGAGCAAUUAGAAGAGGCACUCUUCAAUAAGGAGGUCCGCGUUAACCAAUUGACGAAGCAAAUCAUAAUCAAGGGGUCUUGCACAUCGGAAGUGAAGCGAUUCCUGAAGGAGCGACACUUUUAA